AUGAGAUUUGACGAACUGCCUCCUAUAUUUGUCGGUACUAUUAUUCGACAAUUAAAUUUACUCAAAUUUAUCGGAAUAGACGUUUUUGACGAAAGUAAUUGUAAUUUCAUAAAACGAAACGUUCGAGUAAUGUUCCUUGGCAGUAAUCUUAUAACAACGGUAAUUGGUCAAGUCCUUUAUGUUUUAAAGGCUAAGAAGAUCGGUGCCAACUUCUUGGACGUAGUUAACGCCAUUCCAACAGUUUUGAUAGCCAUUCAAGUAUGCUUGAAAUUGAUAGUUCUAACCGUUAAGAAAAAUCAGCUUCGAGAUAUAAUUUUGGAUAUAGGAAAAGAGUGGCCCGAUGUUGUCAACGAGGAGAAAAGUAAGGUCGUACUUACGUGGACCAAACGCUUGAAAAUCUUUGAUAACGGUGUUGUAUCCCAUCUUUGUAUCUACGUCGCUUGUGACUUAGUCCUGGUAAAUCUGAUCUUUGACUUAAGCACUCUGCUGUGUUUAGUCCACAUAGACCUUAAAAAUUUGGGACCACCAUCUCAUGGACAAAUUAUAGAAGAUGACUGUGAUGAUAUGAAAAAAAUUGCCAGAAAACAUCAGACUUUGUUACGGUUAACGGAGAGAUUAAAUGAUAUUUUUGGACCAGUUAUAUUUAUCCAAUUAUCGUUUUCAUCAAUCGUCAUUUGCUGCUAUGGCUUUUUGGCAAUUAUUGCUAAUGGAAUGUUCUUGAAGAAUAUGGCAGCUUCACUUGGUAUUGUGUUUGCUAUAUUUGUGUUAGCUUGGCCUGGACAAAAGCUAAUUGACAUGAGUUCUGGUGUCGCAGAAGCAGCUUACCAAAGUGCUUGGUAUGAAAGGAACAACAAAUUCAGAAAAUAUAUUUCAAUUGUGAUUGUAAGAUCUAGAAAGUCGUGUAAACUAUCUGCUUUAGGAUUUUCUGAUCUUACGCUCGAAAUGUUUUCAAAGGUUAUAAGUACAUCUUGGUCAUACUUGUCGCUGUUGAAUCAGAUGUACAAAGAUUUUGAUCCUUAA